UUCCUGAUUGAAUAUUUUAAACGCCCUCCUCUGGAUCACACUUAAGCUGUACAUCUUUGAAAAAUUAAUGAUGGAAAGAGCAAUUCGAAGCGUUAAUUUGGUAGUAUUUCUAAGUUGCUUGGCAUUUCUGUCACCAUCUAGAGCUGACGGCGGGACUGAAACAUGUCAGGCUUCUAAAGAAAAACAGUUGCUUGAAGAAAUGAUAAGAACGCAAUUGAAGGUUGAAGCAAUGCUACAAGAGAUCAGAAAAACAGAGGAGCACGUGAUCUCGGUUUUGGAAUAUCGUAAGCAAGAUGUACAGAAAAGUCUCGAGGAUCUUCAAGAAGAUCAAGCGAAUCAAAAGAUUGAAAUUGACAAUCUGAAAACGGAAAAUGCUGGUUUGCAAGAAAAAAUCCAGGCUUUAAAACAAUCCACCAAUCCAGUACCGGUCGUAUUUUUUGUUGCACGUGGCACGUAUUCCUCAAGCAUUAAACAUGGGCAAACGUUAGUAUUUCCAGUGAUUCUCAACAACAAGGGUUCUGGCUUUAACAAUGAAACAGGAGUGUUUACUGCGCCAGUGAGUGGGCUGUAUCAAUUCAGCGUACAUUUGUGUAUUUGGGUAGGCCAAUAUGUGAGGAUCGACAUUGUUUCCGAAAAUGAUGUUAUUAUGAAAACGCGCUUGACAGAUGAAGACAGUGCAUACCAUUCUUGCAACGCAGUCAGCGGACUUGCUCUUCUCAAAAGGGGAAAUAAAGUCUGGGUAAAAAGUCCAUCGUCUUCGGAUGGAAAUAACCUUUGGGUUAAUACACCUUCAAUUUGGAACACAUUCACAGGUCUACUUAUUAAUGAAAGUGAUUAACAUUCAAUAUCAUAUCAAGUUCUAUACAGUAGACAAAUCGAAUUAAAAAAACAAAACAAAAAAAAAAAAAACUUAAAAGUAGUUCAUACGAAGUACAAUGUAAUAAGUAACUCGUAAAACAGAAUCAAUUGUUAUGGAGACAAUGAUAAAGU